CCUGCUGUCAACCCGGAAAGAGGCUGCGCUCAUUUCUAUCAUGCGCCAGCGGACAGAGUUCGGCGCUUUCAUCUUUUAUCGCGGAUAAAUGUGUGCAGUUAUUGUGUCCUGACGCGCGCCGAGCAUUUCACAGACAGGACAACGCGGAUCUGGGACAUGCCUUACCUGGACAGACAAAAUCGAACAUGUGGAUUCCUGGAUAUUGAGGAAAAUGAAAACGGUGUCAAGUUUUACCGCCGUUAUUUUAUCUUGGAUACGCAAAAGAAUUUUCUACUAUGGUACAUGGACAAUCCACAGAACUUACCUGUAGGAACAGAUUGUGUUGGAAGUUUGCGACUCAGUUACAUUUCAAAGGUUAAUGAAGCAUCAGUAAAGCAGAAACCAAAGGCAGAGUUCUGCUUUGUAAUAAAUGCGUUGUCCAGACGGUACUUCCUGCAGGCAAACGAUCCUGUGGACUUGAAGGAAUGGGUCACUGCCCUGAAUAAUGCUACCAAAAUUACAGUUCCAAAAGUAUCACCAGUGGCUAAUACCCCUGAUGUUACAAAUGUCUCAAACCCAAGUCAGUCAACAUCUCGACUGGCUUACAAAACAGAAAUUGUCGGAGGUGUUGUUGUGCACACACCUGUCCAGCAGAGCGAUACUGAGGAUCCUGUUUUUACGUGCGAGCCAGGGUCACAUGUAACUUUAAGGAGAUGCCAGAGCGUGCGUCCCAAUGUCGUGAGGUCUGGCUACUGUGUCAAACAAGGCAAUGUGAGGAAGAGUUGGAAGAGGAGGUUUUUCAUUCUAGAUGACCAAACUGUGAGCUACUAUAAAACUGAAAUGGAUAAGGAUCCGUUGCGCAGUAUCCGACUGAGGGACGUGCUUAAAGUUAAUGAGUGUCUUGUAAAAUCAGGGGAUCUACUGUGCCGUGAUAACCUUUUUGAAAUCAUAACAAAUGCUAGAACCUUCUACAUCCAGACCGACACCCCAGAAGAAAUGAAAGGCUGGAUCAAGGAUAUUGCCACAAAAAUUCAAGAAUUUAGAGGACCAUCUAAGUGUCGUGUUUCCAGAAAAGUAUUUUCUGUGCCAAGGAAACCUCAGCUUGUCAAGUCAUGUUCCAUGGCAGAUUCGUGGCAACCCUGGACCCCUGUGCCCAAUCAGGAGAUGCGUUUGAAGGAAGAGGGCCCAUACAGCUCUCUCCCUUCUCUCGCAAACCCAUGCCAUAUCUCUCAGUCAAAAACUCGCCAACGGCACCAUUCCCAACCUCAAUUCGCUCCCACUGACACAGACUUUCCAGACUGCCUUGACAAUCUCCGCACCACUGAUGUUUAACAGAUACUGCUGGCCUGCACACAGAUAGUGUUCUGAUUUUACUCCUUUGAUUGUGCUUUUUCUUGUUUAAUGGAGAACACACAAUUUGAAGCAAGAUUGCAAACAAGUAAAGCUGUGAAAACCUGUGUUCGAUCAUUGCAAUGCUGUUCACCAUAAAGGAAUGUCUCUUUUUAGCAAUGUAAAAUCUUGAAGACUGAGCUGGUGAAAAGACUUUUAUGUGUUACAUUUCUUUCAGGAAAGACUUCAGUCAAAUGUUUGUAUUUUUACCAAAGUCCAAAAGUCUGAAUCACUAUUGAAAAUGUUUCUAUUUAGCAUUGUACUAAUAUAACACAAAUGUUUUUAGUAACAUUUUACUAUUAUGUUGUAUACAUUAGCAAUAGUAAACAUGAUCUAACAAUUGAGCAGUACAUUUGCAGCAUUUAUUAAUGCUGGUUAAUAUUCAUUACUACAUAACACAUCAGUAAAUGCAGUAUGAGCUUAUAAAAUGCAUUAGAACAUUUCAAAAUAACAUUAACUAAGAUUAAUAAAUGCUGUAAAAAAGUAUUGUUCAUUGCUAUUUAAUGAUACCUAUCAUUUUAUAUAUAUAUAUAUAUAUAUCUCUCUUUUAAGAUUUACCCAUUUCAAUUUGAUAACAAAAUAAAAAUUAAAUAUUAUUAUUGAAAGAAAUGAUAUCCAAGAGUGCAUAUGGUACUCAAAAAAAUGCCACAGGUUCUCCAGAAAGAAAUGUUAAUAUUUAAUAAUAAUUUCAAUGUAAAAUUAAAGAGCGUGUGUGUGUGUGUGUGUGUGUGUGUGUGUGUGUGUGUGUGUGUGUGUGUGUGUGUGUGUGUGUGUGUAUAUAAUUCACACAGUUGAAUUCAGAAGUCAUUUAAUCUAAUUUUUUUUAACCACUCAACGUUUAGGACAUCUACUUUGUGCAUGACACAAGUCAUCUUUCCAACAAUUGUUUACAGACAGAUUGUGUCACUUUUAAUUGACUAUAUCACAAUUUCAGUGGGUCAGAAGUUUACAUACACUAACUUAACUGUGUCUUUAAGCAGCUUGGAAAAUUCUAGAUAAUUAUGUCAAGCCUUUAGGAAAUUAGCCAAUUAGCUUUUGAUAGGCUAACUGGAGUCAAUUGGUACCUGUGGAUGUAUUUUAAGGCCUACCUUCAAACUCAGUGUCUCUUUGCUUGACAUUAUGGGAAAAUCUAAAGAAAUCAGCAAAGACCUCAGAAUAAACUGUGGACCUCCACAAGUCUGGUUCAUCCUUGGGAGCAAUUUCCAAAUGCCAUAAUGACCAUUGUUAUCUUUGAAGGAAAAAGGGUGAAGCUUGCAAGCCAAAGAACACCAUCCCAACUGUGAAGCAUGGGGGUGGCAGCAUCAUGUAAACUUCUGACCCACUGGGAAUGUGAUGGAAGAAAUAAAAGCUUAAAUAAUUCUCUCUACUAUUAUUCUGACAUUUCACAUCCUUAAAAUAAAGUAGUGAUUCUAACUGACCUAAGACAGGGAAUGUUUUCUAUGAUUAAAUGUCAGGAAUUGUGAGGGGGCUGGUUAUCUCAGCAAGUAAAGAUGCUGACUACCACACCUGGAGGCGGAAGUUCAAAUCCAGGGGUGCUGAGUGACUCCAGUCAGGCUUCCUAAGCAACCAAUUGACCUGGUUGCUAGGAUGGGUAGAGUCACAUUGGGUUAACCUCCUCAAGGUCGCAAUAAUGUUGUUCUCGCUCUCAGUUGGGUGCAUGGUGAGUUGUUCCUGAUGCCUCAGAGAAUAGAGUGUAGCCUCCACAUGUGCUAGGUCUCGCGGUAACACACUCAACAAGCCACGUGAUAAGAUGCGCGGAUUGACAGUCUCAGACGCAGAGGCAACUGAGAUUCGUCCUUUGCCACCCGGAUUGAGGCAAGUCAUUACACCACCAUGAGGAUUUAGAGCACAUUGGGAAUUAGGCAUGCCUAAUAAAUAUUGAUUAAUAUUUUUUUUUGUCAGGAAUUGUGAAAAGUUUAAAUGUAUUUGGUGUAUGUAAACUUCUGACAUCAACUGUGUGUUUAUUUAUUUAUAUAUAUAUAUAUAUAUAUUAGUGCCAGAUUUUCAACGUGGACUUUUGGAUCCCAUUCAUAAUUGGAAGUUUUGUUGGUAAAUCUGUUAGAAAUCAGUCAAGGCACUGGACUUGAUUUUAUAAUAUUUUAAAGGCAUUUUGGCUUCAACAUCACUAAUGAAGCCACUUGAAGGAUUGUGGAAGUGCAGUGGUCUUGCCUGACUACUUCCAGGCAUUCACUGACCUGGAAGACUGAAAAUAUAUUCCAUAUUCCAAGUGACUGAAUAACCUUAAUUUAAUGCUUUCUUUUGAUGUUGUUGUGAGUGGUACUACAUGUUGAGAAAUCUGUAAUGCUGAUUAGGCUAAUAAUUUGUAUGAAUAUUUGCUAGAUAUGCAUUCACUGCUUUGCAUACAAAAUAAA